AUGGCGGUGUCGACGGCCCUGUCGGCUGCAGCCCUAUCCGGCCUGGUAAUGCGAUUGUCGCGUUGGGCGGCGAUGCGCGGCUCCUACAGCGCUUUCUGCAAGGGGCUCACGCGCACGCUGCUCACCUUCUUCAACCUGGCCUGGCGGCUGCGCGUGAACUUCCCCUACUUUUAUAUGGUGGCCUCGGUGAUGCUCAACGUCCGCCUGCAGGUGCGGAUCGAGUGA